AUGGAGCGGGUUCGAGCACAGCCUGCGACACGUGCUGAGGGCCGCCGCAUGUCGAUAUUCACAGAGGUUGGAUUGGUGGACGAGAACAGAAUCCAAGAGGAGAGGAGUCCUAUACCGACACAUGGGAAGAGCUUGAGGCGGCUGCGGCCAGCGAAGAUGCUCAGAUUUAGGAGUACGAACAGUAUCUUCAAUGCCGAGGGAGAGAGGUUGGCCGACGACGAAGAUGACUGGGAAUCAUGCGACGAGGACGACGCAAACGACUCGUACAUCACCACAUCGCAAUCGUUUAUCCCGACCAAGUUAUAUCGAUUUGGCCUCUUCAGUGUCUUACUGGCACUGAUGCUACCAAUUAUCCAACUCAAUCCCCUCAAACACAUUGGAGUACGGGGUGGUACUAUUCCAACGCACGCUAUUCAGGCCAACUCUGAACGCUCGAUGCUCGUGCGACGAGAGGAUAGCCCGACUGAUGCGUGUAGACGGUGGAGCGGACAAAGCGCCGUCGUGAACGGGACACUAUACAUGUACGGAUUCCGCCGAACCACCGAUGGCCAACAGACCCAGGACACAUGGAACAACGAUUUCCUCACGCUCGAUCUCACCGAAUCCUGGCAAGUCAGCUCUCCCGCUCUGACCGGUCUGCCCAAGCCACAAGGACCACCAGCCGUCUCGCUCGGCCAACUCUGGGCAUCGCACGAUUCGCUCUGGCUAUACGGCGGUCAGUUCUCUGAUAGUCCGCAAGCCGACCCCACGAACAACUCUAUUUGGGAAUACAACAUUGGCGGCAAGCAAUGGAUCGAACACGCCGACCCGAAGACCUCAGCUGGACAGGAGGCGGAGGACGCUGGUCAAUCUGUACAACGCGUUGCCGAAGGCGCUGGUCUUACUGUUCCUACGCUGGGCAGGGGCUUCUACUUUGCUGGUCAUCUCGACUUUCUCACGACCGAGGGCUGGAGCAUUCAGACUCCGCGAGUGUACCUGAAGAGCUUGCUGGAGUUUACUUUCCCGGGACAGACUAACAAUGCUGUUGAGUCGCUGGGCGAUGGAAAGACGGCUGGAUCCGAUGGCGCAUGGCGCAAUAUUACCUACGGUGGAUUGCAGAACACGGCCUCGUUCCCUGAACGCGCGGAUAGUUCUCUUGUCUACGUUCCUGGUUUUGGUGACGAGGGUCUCCUAAUUGGGUUGACCGGCGGUGAUAAUGCUACUUUUACGCAAAUGAACACCAUCGAUGUUUACGAUAUUUCGACAUCGACUUGGUACAAGCAAAGUACCUCCGGGAAGACGCCCAAGUACCGAGUCAACCCUUGUACUGUCGUAGGAGCUGCUGCAGACGGCUCAUCAUACAACAUCUACAUGUUCGCCGGUCAAGAUCUCGGCGACCCAGGCACCCAAACCCAACGCGAUGACAUGUGGAUCCUCUCCAUCCCCUCAUUUUCCUGGAUCGAGGUCGACCAAGGCACCGACAAAGCCUCCAUCCCCCCUCCUCGUGCCGGCCACCUCUGCCAAGUCUGGGACGCUCAAAUGAUUGUUCUCGGUGGCUACAACACAGAUCUUGGCUGCGACGCCCCUGGCAUCUACGUCUUCAACAUGAGCAGUUUGGGCUGGAGCAACCAAUUCACUGCCGUAACGGGCAAGAACGCGCUUCAGGGAUACAACGCCAAGGACAAAGGUAGCACCGGUAACCCUCUCGCCCAACAAAUCAACCAACGCGGUUUCGGCGUCAAUGCAGGUAUCGAGGGCUCUUAUGGUUAUGCUGUCCCGGACGCCGUCCAGUCUGUCAUUGGUGGCGCAGCAACAGGCGGCGCAACGCUCACUGCUCCCGUCCAGACACCCACCCAAGGCCCGCUCGCAACUGGCAAACCGCAGACGUACACCAUGACUGGACCGGACGGCGCGACGAUUACCAACGUCAUCAACGGGAACCCUCAGGGUAGCUCAUCAGGCGACAGCGGACCGAACAUUGGUGCCAUCAUUGCUGGUGUGAUUGCAGGUGUCUUUGCGGUUAUCGCUGCGUACUUUGCGUUUUGCGCGUGGAUCUACCGCCGUCAAGUCCAGAUCUGGAAGUCACAUGCCGCCGCUGUGCAAACGCGGGCUAAUGCUGCGGAGAAGCAAGGGGGCACGUUUACUUCGUCUUCGGGUACAAACAGUUCGGAGAGGCCGCCGGGUACCAUGGGUGGUAGGAGCAGUCACGGUGGCGCUGCUGCUGGCUCAUUUGACAUUGGAAGAAGAAAUAGUGGUGUGGGUGAUGCAACUGCUUAUGGAGGCGCGGGGGAUCAGUGGGGGAGGAGAAAUAGUGAAGGGAGUGUUGUGGAUGGAUUGUUGGAUGGUCAAGAGCCGAGUUUCUGGGGCGCCAAGGGUGUUUUGUUGAAUCCUAGGCGGAGUUUGAGAGUCAUCAAUAGGGAUUGA